AUGCUCACCCUACAACGCUCAGCGACGGCUGGACCGUCAGCUAUAGCGGGUCCGUCCCGCCUUCCUACUCAGCCGCCAAUAUUGGCGCCGACGCCCAAGCGGGCAAGGUCUAAAAUCCGGUCGCCAUCUUUCUCACCCUUCGAAUCGAGCUCUUGCUCAGUACCUCCUGCGACGCCAGUCCGUCCCCGUGCGACCACUACGCCGUCCAGACCACCCUCGAGGACGGAACGGAGAUAUCAAUGUAUUCAUGCGGGGUGCGAUAAGGCGUACUUCAAGCCGUCCAGGCUGAAGGAGCACGAGCUGACCCAUACUGGCGAGCGACCGCACGCAUGUCCACAUUGCGAUCAGACCUACCUUCGAGCCUCCCACCUCACCGCGCACAUGCGGACGCAUCUACCGUCCUCCGCUCGAAGCUUUGAGUGCAGCUACGAUGGCUGUGACAAGGCGUUCUGGACCGCUACGCAUCUCAAGCGGCACCAGGAGAUGCACGAGAAGGUGGAAGUAUACCCAUGUCCGCAUUGUUCGGCUUCCUUUCACAAGGCCAAUCAGCUGCGUGAUCAUCACGCUAUGGCACACAUGCCAGCCGGGACAAGGUCGUUCAUAUGCCCACAUGAAGAUUGCUCAGCAUCUUUCGCGAUGCGCCAACAGCUCAAAGCGCACGAGAAGACCCAUGAUGCCUCGCGCUAUACCUGCUCCCAUCCAUCACACCAGUCCCACCCUACCUUCCCUACCUGGUCCGCUCUCCAAACACACCUCCAUACCGAUCACCCCCCGCAAUGCCCCCAUCCGGAAUGCGGUGGCAAGAUCUUCAAAAGCGCUCAACGGCUGAAGGAUCAUCUGAAGGUGCAUGCUCUGCGAGCGGAGGACGCGGUAUUACGGAUGGAGUCGGGCGAGGAGGAUGAUAGGGCCGACGCGGCAGUGCUUGCUGCGGGGCGGAAGAGGCGGCGGAGCUCAGCAGCUGGGCUUGACGGUGAUAAGGGGAAGAAGAGGGUCAGGCUUGCGAAGGUCGACGAGGCUAUCGAGAAGGAGUUUGGGUGCGAGGAGGAAGAUUGCGACCGCAUUCUCGCCUCAAAAUCCUCACUUAAGAAACACCGGCAAUCCGUUCAUGCUCAGGCCUCGCGAAGCGUUCCUCAGCAAUUUUCCACGUCGGCCACCAAGCCUGCCUCGGGCAACGUCGACAUCCUGACAGGACCAGUCUCCGCCAAAUCUCUGGGAGAUACGAGGCGAUACGGCUGCCCUAUCAAUCGUCUUCCCGAUGCCGCAUCGGAUAUCGGUGUGCCCACUCGCCUGCACUGCUACUCUCGGUUCUGGCGGGUGUACGAUGUUAGGCGGCAUUUGAAGGCGGAGCAUGGGCUUGAGUUGGAUGAUGAGGAAGUACGGGAACUGCUUGUGGAGAAGCCAUGA